AUGAAACUAUCACUCUUUGGAUUGUUAUUAUUGUGUAUCACUCCAACCGUUUUAUGUCAAGGUGAUACUGAGGACAUCCCAGGUGAAGCUAAGGAUGAUGCAGACAUUCCUGCUUCCUGGCUUGACAUCUUGAGCAAGCUUUCCCAGAUCCUGAACGACAAGAACAACAAACCCGACAUCACUACACCGACCAGCCAAUCAUACCCCGAUCAGCCAAUCGACCACCAAACCGUCAAUGAUGACAAUAAUGUUGAAGGAACUGACGUGGCUACCACUGUUGUCUAUGAAUACGUGAAUGGAACCAAGUUCUGGGAGGACGAGGACGAUGGCAUACCACAUCCCGACACAGUUUCUCCUUUCAUUAGCGUCCUUGAUGGCGUCGAGAAUGGUGAUAACUCGUCUGCCGAUUCAACAAAUUCGCUGUCGAUCAACAACGAAGAAGCAGAACCUCCAUCAAAUCAAACGUCAUUCACAGACUCAAAUCUAACUCUUCAGGAAGCCCUCGCCAUUUUACGAGAUCGAAACCAAGAGAAUAACUUCCAUGAUCAACAAGACGGGGAUGAAGAAAGGCAAGAAACACCUCAGAACAGCACCGACCUGCACAUCGACAAUGUCCUUGACCAUAUUUCAGAAGAGACAUCACUAUCUCGUCUUUAUUAUCAUCAAGAUUCCACGACAGAGACCAAUCAAAGUAUUUCAGAUGAUAGGAACAGAACAGUCGAUAUAGAAGAUGUUGCAUCGGCGACUGCAAAUCCAAAAAAGUACAAUUACACUAUGGUUUUAACAAACGCUUCAUCAUCCACACCUGAAGUUUUCGGAGAAAAUGCAUCUCGAACAGACAUGACAGAGAGACCUUCGAUGGAGACAUCACCACUUCUUGAAGUCAACACAACUUCCUUGGAAUCAGGUCAGGGUGAAACCCAGCAGUCGGAUAAUCUAACUCUCCAGAAUAUGAGCAGCACGGCGGUAGGAAGCACCUCGUCAUCAUCAUCUGGAAAUCUAAAGCAAUAUACCUACAAGACGGAAGAUGAAGGAGUCUCGCAAUCGUCAACAGGUAACAGUGUCGAGCCAUCGUUUGAGGCAUCCGUCGAACCAACCCCUACGGAACUCCCUCCGCAGUUCUGGGUCGUCAACGAUAAGGGUGACGACAAUGAUUCGAUGUCGAAAGAAAAAGACAUUUAUAGCGAACUUCUCCCUGCAACUGUGGAAGGUUCAACGGACACCCUUAAAGACAACACGACACAGAAAUGCGAUUGGAUGGGCAAGAGCAACAACAAUGCUUUCAUCAACCUUGUCGACAAGAUCUGUCACCUUCUCAGACCUCUCCCGAUCUUCUUCAACAUCCUCAUGCUAAUGAUACUCGGUAUCAUGACCGUGGUCGUCUGCUGGCUCAUAUGUCUAUGUGUUCGAUGUCGUCGACGUCGACACAGGAAGGGAGGAGAAGAGAAGGACAGCCUGAUUGAGGAAGGAACACGGAAAGAGAAGAGAUCGUUGCUAUAUCAGUUUAGCUAA